AUGUAUGUGGGAUACAUUUUGGAUAAAGAAACUGGCAUGUAUCACCAAGGGCCAGUAAGAAGAUCAAGCAUCAAUAUGCCUCCACAGAACUUUGUUUCUACACCUCAGUACCCAGACUUUACUGGAUACCAUCAUGUGCCAAACAUGGAAACGCACGCACAGUCUGCGGGGAGUUGGGGAGCCACUUAUGGAGCUCCACGGGAAGACUGGGGUGCAUACAGCCUGGGACCACCUAAUACUAUCCCCGCACCCAUGAACAACUCCUCUCCCGUACAGGUUCCCUACUGCUCAUCCGAGUACAGUCACAUGCACCCUCCGGGAUCUGCGGUGUUACAGCCGCCGCCGGAAAACGUUAAUGUUGCACAGCUUUCUCCUGAUAGAGAAAGACGCAAUUCAUUCCAGUGGAUGAGUAAAACUGCGCAAUCAUCAUCUACAGGUAAAACAAGAACGAAGGAGAAAUACAGGGUAGUUUACACAGACCAUCAGAGGCUGGAGCUGGAGAAGGAGUUUCAUUUCAACAGAUACAUCACCAUCAGGAGGAAAUCUGAGCUGGCUGUCAACCUCGGUCUAUCGGAAAGACAGGUAAAAAUCUGGUUUCAGAACCGCAGAGCCAAGGAGAGGAAAAUGAUCAAGAAGAAGCUGGGCCAGUCUGACGGCAGCGGGGGGUCUGUGCACAGUGACCCGGGAUCAGUGAGCCCUCUGCCGGUGCCGGGCUCGCUCAGUCCCUCGGACAUCCACAACUCUAUGUACCCUCCUCCGGGAAUGAACAUGUCAUCUAUCAGGAAUAUACAGCAAGUGACUGUGAAUCUGUAACAGUUCACUCCGGACCAUGUAACAAAACUGAGCACUCCGACACGCUGACAGGACACUUGGAUCUGAACUCACGUCCUGAAGCACCA